UAACGUGAAUGCAGACGGAGCAGCUGAGGAUGGAGCAGAGAGAGAGAAGCAGAGCCGCCGUCGCUCACAUCGCGGUCAGCCACCUCUAAAACGUCCCUCCUAUAAUUAAGGAACGGGAUCCUUAAUUCACAUCCAGACUCGCGGUUUCUUUUCCCUCUCUCUCUUAUUCCCAUUAAUUUCACCGCUGACAUCUGCGCCCGACUCCACUUCCCCCCAUCUGCUUGUCAACACGCCGGCUUCGCCUGUGUGUCAGCGCAGAAAUCAAAGACAAAUUCCUCCGACAAAUCUGUCCGCAGCAUUCAUCUUCCUUGAGGUUUCAGUCGGACGCACCUUCUGACGGACUGCCCUGUCACUGCUUCAGUCGAUAUGGAUGAAGACAAUCAUGUUCCUGAGGAUCUGUCCCUGGAGGAGAGGGAUGAGCUGUCAAACAUUCGACGCAGGAAGCGAGAGCUGCUUGAUGAUAUUGAGAGGUUGAAGUUUGAGAUAGCUGAGGUCAUGACGGAGAUCGAGCAACUGACGUGUGUUGGAGAAAGUAAAACAUCUCAGAGAAACAAACAGAUCGCCAUGGGCAGGAAGAAAUUCAAUAUGGAUCCAAAGAAGGGAAUCCAGUUCCUGCUGGAGAAUGACCUCCUUCAGCACACUCCCGAAGACAUCGCCCAGUUCCUCUAUAAAGGCGAGGGCCUCAACAAGACCGUCAUCGGAGACUACUUAGGCGAGCGGGAUGACUUCAACAUCAAGGUGCUGCAGGCAUUUGUGGAGCUGCAUGAAUUUGCAGACCUCAACCUCGUCCAGGCACUACGGCAGUUCCUGUGGAGUUUCCGUUUGCCAGGUGAAGCCCAGAAGAUCGACCGUAUGAUGGAGGCGUUUGCCUCGCGGUACUGCCAGUGCAACCCUGGAGUCUUCCAAUCGACAGAUACCUGCUACGUGCUUUCAUUUGCUAUCAUCAUGCUGAACACCAGCCUACAUAACCCUAACGUCAGAGACAAGCCGCCUGUGGAGCGAUUUAUCUCUAUGAACAGAGGCAUCAAUGAAGGAGGAGAUCUGCCAGAGGAGCUUCUCAGGAACCUUUACGACAGCAUCAAAAAUGAGCCCUUCAAAAUCCCAGAGGAUGAUGGGAAUGAUCUGACACACACUUUCUUCAACCCUGACAGAGAAGGCUGGCUCUUGAAGCUUGGUGGCAGGGUGAAGACGUGGAAGAGACGGUGGUUCAUUCUGACUGACAACUGCCUUUAUUACUUUGAAUACACAACAGAUAAAGAGCCUCGUGGGAUUAUUCCCCUAGAGAACCUCAGUAUCAGAGAGGUGGACGAGCCCAGGAAACCUAACUGCUUUGAGCUCUACAACCCCAACCACAAAGGUCAGGUGAUCAAGGCCUGCAAGACAGAGGCGGACGGGCGGGUCGUGGAGGGCAACCAUGUAGUGUACAGGAUAUCAGCCCCCACGCCGGAGGAGAAAGAGGAGUGGAUCAAAUCCAUCAAAGCGAGCAUCAGCAGGGAUCCUUUCUACGACAUGCUGGCCACCAGGAAGCGGAGGAUAGCCAGUAAGAAAUGAUGACCGUCCACCGUCAACCACACCUGCAUCGCCACCAUGUCUGUGACCAGCAAAGGCCUCGUCUGUGUGUGUGUAUGUGUGUGUUGUAGGGGUCAUGAAGGCCUCCUAUUUGUUCUUUCAGGGCUGGAGGACAAGCAGCAGACACAGGUGGGAAGUUUUUUUUCAGGCUGAAAUGGACCAAGUUUAUUUCCACCUGAAGAUUGUCUGCACCUCAGUUCUUGGUUGAUGUGAAGGUUUUAUUUAAUCCAACAAAGACUUUGACACUGGUGUGAUAUUUGGAUGAAACUUUACAUAGAUGAGAAAAACAUUUACCUCGCUGGAUGACAACAAAUAAACAAAGGGACAGCAGCCUUGAAAAAGCCUUUGGCACUGUGUGGCUGUGACAAGAUUGCCCUCUGCUGGACUUACAAGGAAUUAAACCUACCUUACUGCUUAUGGGCAGUGGUAAUGGGAGAUUUAAGCUUUCUGAAGGCUUUCUGCCAGAAAACCCAUGCAGUGAGAGGAUUUG